UAAAGCAUUUAUAAUUCAUAAUUCAGCCGACUAAUUUUGCUAACACACACUAUCAUUCAUUUGUUGAUAGAUCCUCCGAUAAGGGCGACUCGCUUUUAAUCCUAUAUUGAAAGAACUUGGUAGAGAGACCUUACACAGAGCAGUCAUUCCAGACAAAGAUUACUCGCUGUUGAAAUGGGAAAACAACAGAGUAAGUUAAGUCCAGAGAUCUUGGCUGACCUUUCGGCGACGACGGAAUUCGACGAAAACGAAAUCAAAGAAUGGUACAAAGGUUUCAGGAAGGACUGCCCAACGGGGCAACUGGGAAUGGAUGAAUUCAAAGCUAUAUAUUCUAAUUUCUUCCCGAACGGAGAUCCGUCAAAGUUUGCCGAGCAUGCGUUCCGUGCGUUUGACAAAAACGGAGACGGAGUGAUCGAUUUCCAGGAAUUUAUCGUGUCUUUGUCGGUGACCUCUCGUGGCAAGAUGGAAGACAAGUUGAAAUGGGCUUUUAAUAUGUAUGAUAUCAAUGGAAAUGGAUAUAUUAGCAGACCCGAAUUACUGGAAAUAAUGGUAGCGAUUGAGAAGAUGGGCGGUGCGAUUCAGACGGAUGGAGAGGGUGGCUCUGCCAAGGAACGCACAGAUAAAAUAUUUGCACAAAUGGAUAAAAAUUCUGAUGAUAAACUUUCCAUGUCUGAGUUCAUUGAAGGAGCAAAGUCGGAUGCAUCCAUCGUAAAAAUCUUACAAUCCAGUUAGACUAUUCUAUUCUUUGUUAAAAUAAGAUCUAUAGUUACUAUUAUUAUAAAUGUUAUACUGACACUCGAGGAGCGUGAUCGAUUGGUAGCUAUAUGUGACAGUGUGAAAUAUUUUUGUUUCUUUUGAAGUAAAUCUCCACGUUCUCUAAAGAUAUUAUAGCCCGGAUACAGACUAUUGAAUGUACAUUAUUUCAUCCUGUUUUUUUUCAUCUUCAACUCUAUGAAUAACAAUUUAAUAUCGACAGUUUUGAACUGAACCAGUAUAGCGAAUAAUAAUAUUAAUAAUAUUAAUAAAAUUCAUCAGAAAUCCUGUAGAAAAUUUAGUAUAUAAAAUAUAAAUUUUUGGCCUGUGUUACAGUAGAAAGUACAUAUUAUCUAAUAUCAUUUGUCAUUGUAAUUAUUACAAAUUGUU